GCAGCGCGGGGCCUCAGAGGGUGCCAGUGCCAUAAAGCAGGGCUUGUGUGAAGGUGUCCGCCGCGCCGCCGCCUCAGGUAAUGCUCAGCCUCCUCUCCAAGUACGUAGUGGGCGAGGGUCCCUACGAGAGUGACGUGGGGAGCUCCCAGUACACAGACACUGACGAGGAGGUGCUGGCGCCCGCUAUGCCGGUCAUCAACAUCGACCCCACAGAGCUGGGGCAGGACGCCCUCGUGGCGGAGCAGCCACCCUCGCCCACCUGCUUCACCCCCGUGUCUGACUCCUCGGAAGAGCCCACUGAGAAGGAGGCGCCGCCGCUGGAGCUACCGGAGCCUGAGGUGUGCCGGCGCGUGCAGGAGCUGGUGGAGUACUACCUGAGCGAGCAUAACCUGGUGAAGGACAUGUUCAUGCUGAAGCACGUCACCAAGCACCGCGAGGGCUACGUCUCCCUCAAGCUGCUCGCCACAUACAAGAAGGUGAAGCACCUCACCAAGGACUGGCGCGUCGUGGCGUACGCACUCAAGGACUCACAGGUCUUGGAGCUGAACCCUGAGGCCACCAAGGUGCGGCGGCGCCACGCGCUGCCCCCUGAACUGGACGAGGACACCCGGCCCUUCCGCACCCUGCUGGCCGCGGACGUCUCUCGCGAGCUGGCCAAUGUGAACGCGCUGGCCGAGUUCUUUGGCAAGUUCGGCGAGAUGGUGUCCCUGCAGAUGCACAAACCCGGUGGUCGCCACCUGGCAGAAGUGCGCCAGGUGGAGCGAGACCACCCGGGCAUCAGCGCCACUGUCUGCGCCCUCGUGGAGUUUGAGAAGGUGCACCACGCCCGCCAGGCCUUCCGCGCCAUGCUGAACACCCCUGAGUGUGGCCUCAAGGUGUUGGAGGUGGCCCGCAAGAAGCGUGACCCCGGGGACGGCGGCUACGGCAGCUCCUUCCUGCACAUCAAGAGCCAGGCAGAGGGCGAGAGCGCCUACUACAGCAACUCUGACUACUCUGAGCCGCCAUCCCCCGUGAGCCGCGUGCGGCCCUUCCCACGCCUCAGGUCUCCAUUCGUCCCGUCACCCUCGCCCAAGUCAGGCAGGCGAAUCAGAGGCCACCAGCAGCAGUCCUCGCCCGAGUCCUCACCGCCCUCGCCCUACUCGCCCCGCCGCGGGGCUCCCACCCCCAGCUCCUCCCCCGAGCAGGAGCGCCCCCAGGACCUGUACCCGCGCUACACCUCGCCCUGCACCUCCCCGCUGCCCCGCCGCCGCGCCAUCCCCUGCUCCCCUCCCUCUGACUCUCCCUUCCAGGGUCGUCGCCACAUCACUACCAUGCCUUCCUGCUCCUCCCAGGAUAGUGACGCCCCAGUGCCGCCCCUCAGCCCCUGGCUCAGGCGGCGGGUUCUGUCUGGCUCCUCCACACCCCUCUCCUCCCCUCUGGCGUCGCCUAACCUGCGCCGCCGCCACGAGGCCUCCAUGAUUCUGCCCGAAAACGUCUUACGCCUGCCGCGCGGUCCUGACGGCUCCACAGGCUUCCUGCCGCGCCGCUCACCCAUCAUCCUGAAGGCCUGAGGACGCACUGCACAGACGUUGGCUGCUGCUGCCGUCACUGUCACGCUCGUAUACGCACUAUACAUUAUAACCAUGCAUCUGAUAUUACGUAUACAACAUUAUGCUACUGCGUAAUAAAGAUAUAACUUUG